AUGAGGAUCAUACCCCUGCUACAUUGGCUUGGGGUGUUUCCACCUUUUUCAGGACACAUUUGGGCUGUGCAACCCCACUAUCAAAGUCCCCCAGAAGUGGUGAUUCCCUUGAGGGUAACUGGCACUGGCAGAAGCAUGCAGCCACCAGGCUGGCUCUCUUACAGUCUUCAUUUGGGGGGCCAGAGACAUGUUUUCCACAUGCAGGUCAAGAAGCAUUUGCUGCCCAGACACCUCCCAGUGUUUACCUACACAGACCAGGGUGCUCUCCUGGAAGACAAGCCUUUUGUCCAAAAUGACUGCUAUUACCACGGUUAUGUGGAAGGUGACCCAGAAUCCCUUGUUGCCCUCAGUACCUGUUUUGGUGGCUUUCGAGGAUUGUUACAGAUAAAUUAUGUUGUUUAUGAAAUUAAGCCCAUGAUUUUUUCUACUGAAUUUGAACAUCUGUUAUAUAAAGUGGACAGUGAGGAGACUCAAUUCCCAACCAUGAAAUCUGGCUUUAUGCAAGAGGAGAUUGUACACCAAUUUGAGUUUCAAGAGACUGGUAAUUUUACUCUGAAACAAAGUCAUAUUAAGGGCUGGUGGAUCCAUAGUAUCAUUGUUGAAGUUGGAGCAGUGGUGGACAAUACUCUAUAUAAUCAUUUUAAACAGAAUAUCUCAAGGUUACAGGAGGAUCUAUUUCUUAUUGUAAAUAUAGUGGAUUCCAUUUAUCAGGAACUGGGUGUUAAGGUGUUAUUGUUUGGUAUGGAGAUCUGGAAUAAAAGAAACCAUGUUGAACUGGGAUCUGAAACUAGAACUCUGACAGAUUUUUGCAUCUGGAAGACUGGUAACAUUGAUGCCCGCAUGGCACAUGAUACUAUACAUCUUUUUAUAAAUAAGACAAUAAGAGGAAUAACUGGUUUAGGCUAUGUUAAAGGAAUGUGUAAACCAAAGUACAGUUGUGCAAUUGUUACUUUUGCAGACAGAACCGUGCCCAUUAUUGGAAUUGCAAUGGCUCAUCAUUUAGGUCAUAAUUUGGGUAUGCAUCAUGACAGUGAAUACUGUAUGUGUUCAGUAGGUUAUUACAGAUGUAUAAUGCAUUAUGAUAACCCACAAAUAGUCCAAUUUAGCAAUUGCAGUUUUUCUCAAUUUUGGGACUAUUCUGUACAUGAGGCACAAUGUUUGCGGUACACUGUAUACCAAAAGGAUAUAUUUUCAAGGAAACGCUGUGGAAAUGGUAUUGUUGAAGAAGGCGAACAGUGUGACUGUGGAUCUUUUCAGAAUUGUUCAAAAGAUGCCUGUUGUCUGACAAACUGCACCCUGAGUUUUGGGUCUGCUUGUGCUUUUGGGCUUUGUUGCAAGGACUGCCAGUUCUUACCAUCAGGAGAAAAGUGUAGAAAGGAGAUCAAUGCAUGUGAUCUUCCCGAAUGGUGCAAUGGGACAUCCCAUAUGUGCCCAGAUGAUGUAUAUGUAGAGGAUGGAAUUCCCUGUAAUAACAGUGCCUACUGCUAUGAAAAGAGAUGUAAUGACCGCAAUACACAGUGCAGGCAGAUUUUUGGCCAACAGGCAAAAAAUGCACAAAACAUUUGCUACAAACAAGUAAAUACUCAAGGUGAUCGUUUUGGUAACUGUGGAGUUGAAGGCUCUUCAUAUCUAAAAUGCAAUAUGUCAAAUAUCCUGUGUGGGAGAAUUCAGUGCGAUAACGUGACAGAAAUUCCCCUUCUGAGAGAGCAUUCUACUGUGCAUGGGACUCGCUUCAAGGACGUCACCUGCUGGGGUACAGACUACCAUAUUGGGAUGACCAUACCUGAUAUUGGUGAAGUGAAAGAUGGUACUGAGUGUGGCCAAGAACAUGUCUGCAUCCAAAGGAAGUGUGUCCAUCUCUCUCUCUUGGACAGUAAUUGUUCACCUACGUUCUGUAACAUGAGGGGGAUCUGUAACAAUAAACAUCAUUGCCAUUGCAACUAUAAGUGGGACCCUCCCAACUGCCUAAUAAGAGGCGAUGGCGGUAGUGUUGACAGCGGCCCACCCCCUAGAAGAACGAGGAUAAAGAAGAUUUACCUCUUAAUACCAUUUCUUAUUUUGCUGUUACUUCUACUAUGCUGUCUUCUUUUGCUUUGUAUGAGGAAAAAACCUAAAGGACAAAAGCAAAAAAGUCAGCCUCAACCUGAAAAAUCCAAAGCAAAAAACUGA